UAAUAAGGCCUAUUUGAGACCUCAGGUCCUAUUCUCUUUGCCAAGUAAAGAGCCCCUUCUCCGUUUCCGGCAUCUUUUUUUUUUUAAUUCACUCGGCCGGUGUUUAAGAAGUAUGCUUCAACUUCAGAUUUUGGUAGUUUUGUCGUCUCUAAUCUCGAUUUGCUACUUGGUGCUGGAUAACACACCUGGUGCUGAUUUUUUAUAUACCCAUUGUCGGAGAUAUGGUAGUUUUUACCAUUCCAAAGACACCAGCAGUGACCGGAGCCCAUCCACUUGCGGGGGCACCGCCAUCAAUUUAAAGUGCCCGUUUCAAUUUAGUGGUGAUGAUCCAGAUUUGUGCCCUAAACGUCGUGUUAUUGAAUUCUCUUGUGAAAAUAAUCGCACUGUUCUAUCCUUGAGUGUUGGUUCCAGUCCGGAGAUACAACAGUAUAACUUUUCUGUGGAGCUAAGCAGUAUUGAUUAUGAGAAACGGACACUUCGUAUAUUUGAUCCUGGGGUGCAAAAGAACAACUGUUCUACUCUGCCACUCUACCCAUUGAGCCCAUACCACUAUUACUAUCAAAAUCCAUACAACCACUUUCCUGUGGAGAUUGCUCCCGAUAGUGGUUCGUUGGUCUUUGUGAGCUGUAAAAAUCCGGUGAAAUCGAAAUAUGCCCCUCUUUAUGUAGACACUGCUUCCUGUAAUAUCACUGCAAAUCAUUUUUCAAAAACGAAAGCUCCGUCCAAUUAUUACAGCUAUGUUGUGGUGGGUGAAAGUGUGGUGGCAUCUGACAUUGAAGAGUCGUGCACUGUCUAUAAGAUACUUCCAGUAGACCUGCAGCAUCUCCCUAAUGUAACAGCAGGAGAUAUUUCGUUUCAAGACAUCCACAAUCUUCUGUCUAAUGGCCUUGAGCUCAGUUGGUGGUACGGAGGUGGUACGAGGAGUAGAUCCUUUUUAUGCGAUGUGCUUCUCAUAUGGACAGAAAUCUCCGAAUUCGUCUACGGACAUGUCAUCGGCCCAUAUGUAUGUAAAAAUUGCUUUGGAAUUGGCUUAGUUUCGGUUGUGCUUAUUGCAGCAAAACAUGUCUUUGGCAUUAUCCUCUUGUCUGCUUUCCUCCUUUAUCGGUAUCGUCGGAGGCAUUUAUCGAGGUAUGAUACAAUAGAAGAUUUCCUACAAGCAAACAACAGCCUCAUGCCCAUUAGGUACUCAUACAAAGAAAUCAAGACAAUGACAAAAAAUUUUGAGGAGAAACUAGGUGAAGGAGGCUAUGGUUUGGUUUACAAAGGAAAACUGCGCAGUGGAGGUGCAGUUGCUGUCAAGAUGCUGAGGAAAUCAAAAGCUAAUGGGCAAGAGUUCAUCAAUGAAGUUGCGACUAUUGGAAGAAUACACCAUGUGAACGUGGUUCGGUUAGUGGGAUUUUGUGUUACUGCCUCAAAACAUGCUCUAGUGUAUGAUUACAUGCUAAAUGGCUCUCUGGAUAAGUUAAUUUUCUCAAAUUGUCAGAAUGGUUCUCCAUUAAGUUGGAAGCAAGUUUGCGAGAUUGCAAAGGGGGUUGCUCGUGGGAUAGAGUACUUGCAUCAGGGGUGUGAUAUGCAAAUUCUGCAUUUUGAUAUUAAACCGCAUAACGUCUUACUUGAUGAGAAUUUUGUUCCAAAAGUUUCGGACUUUGGACUUGCAAAACUUUACCCGAUGCAAAAGAGUAUUGCAACUCUUACUGCUGUGAGAGGAACUUUAGGUUACAUGGCCCCGGAGUUGUUCUAUAAAAAGAUUGGAAGAGUCUCACAUAAGACAGACGUUUACAGCUAUGGAAAGUUACUAAUGGAGAUGGCAGGAAGGAGGAGAAAUGUGGAUGCUCAUGCUGAGCAUUCUAGUCAAAUAUACUUCCCUUCAUGGAUAUAUGACAAAUUCGAUCAGGUGGAGGAAAUGGAAAUCGGAGAUCAUGCAACUGAAGAAGAAAAGAUGUUUACAAGAAAAUUGAUUUUGAUUGCUUUGUGGUGCAUACAGAUGACACCUGAGGAUCGUCCUUCAAUGAGAGAAGUCUUAGAAAUGCUUGAAGGUGAUGCUAGUGGCCUAAAGUUGCCUCCUAAACCGUCGUUUUACUCUCCAGAUUCACCCAUAUCCAUGCAAAGAAGCAGCAAUAGUAGUUCUUCUGACGAGUCAACGGCACCCCUAUGUAGCUCUGUUGCUUUAGAAAUAGAGCAGAUGGAUGACUAAGUAGAACUCGUGCUUUCAGUGAAAUCUUUGUCUCGUGGAUUUGUCUUUCAAACUCUUAAAAUAUGCCACCUAGUACUAGAUAACAUGGCAAACUGAAAUAUCAGUUUGGUAUCAAUAAACUGAAGGGUAGCACCUUGAUAUAUGCUUCGUAUGUAAUAGUAAUACCAGCAUCAAUCUUUGAGUUUAACAUAAUAAUUUCUACAA